GCGCGUGCCCGAUUAAUCAACGGGACCGAGUAAUACCGAAGGAGAACCAGGUGGUAUGCGAGGCGCGCUGUGACUGGCUGCUUCAGCAUCUCAGAGUUGAACAACGGCGCGUUGGGUCACGUGACGGCAUCUGCUGCUGGCUGAGCGAAGCGUGUUAGCAGAUUUUUCUAUUUUGUACAUACAUUGUUUUGUAUAUACUGUAUAUGAUGACUUCAGUGGUCAGCAACCCAACCCGGGGCGCCCGGGAUAGAGCGCUGCCCACCACCACACAAACCACACAGCCACAGAAACAGAUACAGGCCACAGCAGAACAGAUCCGGCUUGCUCAGAUGAUCUACGACAAAAACGACGCAGAUUUUGAAGACAAGGUCAAACAGCUGAUCGAGGUGAGCGGGAAGACCCAGGAUGAGUGCAUGGUAGCCCUACACGACUGCAACGAGGAUGUCAACAGAGCCAUCAACUUCCUGUUGGAGAGCCCCUCCGACGCAGUGAGGAGCUCAUGGGAGACUGUGGGGAAGAAGCGAGGCCUGGUAAAGGAGGGAGGCCCACCUGAGAUAAAGGAGAGUAGGGAGAAGAGGGGAGGAGAGAGGGAUGCCAGCCGCGGCCGCGGGGGCUCCAACAGGAGGGGCAGAGGAGCCAGCCGCACCAGAGAAGUGCGGGCAGAGGAGAACGGCUUUGAGAUGGGUCUGGGAGAGAGAGGGGGCGACCGCGGACGCAGGGGGAGAGGCAGAGCAUCAGGAGGUCGCGGUAGGGGAAGAGCAGCUGGUGGCACCCGGUUCUCCACCCAGGGGAUGGGGAUCUUCAACCCAGCUGAAUACUCUGGAGGAUCUCGCCAGGACACCUGGGACACGGACGGCAACGAGGCUGCAGAAGGAACAUGGAGAGGUAACCUGGAGGACUGGGCUGCUGAGGACUGGAACGAGGACCUUUCAGAGACGAAAGUGUUCACCGCCUCCUCCGGUCCUGCCAACCACAUCACACCUGGAAACGGUGUUGAUGUCUCCUCCCUGGCCAAGCCGGGCCCCGGGGGUGUGGAGGCUGAGCUGGUGGGUCUGGACGCCCCCUCCGAAGGCCUGGGGCAGAGCAUGGUGUUCACCAACUCCCACCACAACGGGCGCCCGGCCACGCACAGCUACGCCCACGCUGCCUCCAACAGCUACGCCCACGCUGCCUCCGCCUCCAGCACCUAUGCACACGCAGCGCUGUCCUCGGUUCUGGGUUCUGGGUUUGUCUCCUUGAGCAACCCCAAGCCCGCCCCCUCUGACGCCAGGUUACCAGAGCAGCUCAACAGGUCCCACCUGUCCCUGCGGACCAAUCAGCCGCUGGUCGCCGCCGGCAACGCCAAGGAAUCCGUUCCACCCGCAGUUCAAAGCUCCGCCGCCAUGUCAUCCAGUGAACUCAAGCCCCCCAGAGUGGAGAACGGCCCUGUUACGACCUCUCACAUGGAUCUGAAGAUGCAGCCGGAGCCGUCGGCCGUGCUCAGCCAGCUGGCCCAGAGGCAUCUGGCCGCCUCGGAGCCCCCCGCCCUGGUCCCCACGCCCCCCGGCCACGACGCGUCGCUGGCACCCCCCAGGGACGGGCCCUCUCCGGGGGAAGCCCCCAUCACGGAGCCCCCCCGGCAGAUGAAGACCCAGAGACGCAGGGUGGCCCCGUCCUCCAAGAUCCCCUCUUCAGCGGUGGAGAUGCCAGGCUCUGCAGACGUGUCGGGCCUGAACGUCCAGUUCGGAGCCCUGGACUUCGGCUCAGAGCCAGGCGUGGCAGAGCUGGGCCCGUCAGAGCCGGCCAGGGAGGUCUCCCCGGCCCCCUCCGCCACACCCCUCCAGCAGCCCCAGAGCAGCCUGUUCUCCAAACCUGGAGCUGGCAGCGAUCCUCUGGGCAGCAUGCCCACCCUGCCCCCGGCCGUGUCCGACCCCAUCUUCCCCUCCCCCUCACUGGGCUUGCCAAGCGCCACACCCUCCCCCUCCAUGGGUCUCCCCAGCGCCGCCCCCCCAGCCUCGUCCGCCCAGGCCAGCGUACCCAGGAGUCUGCCUCCUCACCUGGGCUUCCCCCAGAGCAAGGACCCCUCUCAGCCCGGAGCCCUCACGAAUGGCUACAGCGGCGUGAGGACUCAGAGCACACAUGAAGCCCCGUCUGCCUCCAGGACCCCCAAGCCAGAGUCUCCUCCCAUGACCAGCGACAGUGGCCCAACCCACCACGUUCCUGGCCCCGCCCACCACGUACCUGGCCCUGCCCACCACAUACCUGGCCCCGCCCACCACGUAGCUGGCCCCGCCCCCACCCCCUCACACUCCGCCCCCCUGCCCUCCCUCGGCAGUCAUGUGACCAGCAGCCACUCAGCAGGGCCGUCUCUCUCCACUAGCUCCGCCCUCACAAUGACCAGUGAGGAGAGCAACACUGGCCUCCUGGCUGCGUUCUCCUCCGCCGGCCCCGCCGUCAUCCCCAGCUCUGCUCCAAUCAGCUCCUCGUCCUCCAACGGGAUGCACAUGAGCUCCGGGGCACCUGGUCUCACCGCCAACGGCAGCGGAGCACUCUCCGCCGGACGCUCCGCCCCCCUGCUCACCACCACAUCCGGCAAAGCCCCUCCCAACCUGGCCCAGGGCGUGCCCCCUCUCCUGGCCAACCAGUACAUCAUGGGUCCUGGAGGUCUGCUGCCUGCCUACCCGCAGAUCUAUGGCUACGAGGACCUGCAGAUGCUGCAGUCUCGCCUUCCUAUGGACUACUAUGGAGUCACGUUUCCGGGCACCGCGGCAACCAUGCCCGGUAGAGACGGCCUAGCCAACAACCCUUACUCGGGCGAAGCCACCAAAUUCGGCCGUGCCGACACCUCGUCCCCGGCCCCCCCCACCAGCCUGUCGGGGGCUGGGCCCCCCCAGCAGCAGCAGGCCCCCCAGGGGGGUGGGCAGGGUCAGUCCCAGCAGAGCCAGAACCAACAGACCCAGAACCAGGCCUUCCUGAACCCCCCCCUGCCCCCGGGCUACGGCUACACAGGCCUGCCCUACUACGCUGGCAUGCCCGGGGUGCCGUCUGCCUUCCAGUACGGCCCCACCGUCUUCGUGCCUCCGGCGUCGGCCAAGCAGCCCAACAUGGGCCUGGGCAACCCCUCCAGCCAGUACCACCAACAGCACCAGCCCAACUACGGACAGCACGCCUACACCACAGCCUUUGAUGACCUGUCGCAGGGCCAUGCGGGGGAGUACAGUAAGGGAGGGUACGGAGGCUCUGUCCAAUCACAGGUCAAGUCAGCAGGCAACGGCCCAGGGAAAGCUCCAGGACUGUCAGGCUCGGGGAACAGUGGAGGAGUCCCGGACAUGGGAGCGUCUAUCUACAGUAAGAACCAGUCGUUUGACAAGCAGGGCUUCCACACGGGCACCCCCCCUCCCUUCAGCCUGCCAUCAGCCCUGGGGGGCUCGGGCCCCCUGAACCCUGGAGGGGCCCCCGGCUAUGCCCCGGCCCCCUUCCUGCACAUCCUGCCCCCCCACCAGCAGCCACACUCCCAGCUGCUGCACCAUCACCUGGCCCAGGACGGACAGGGCGGUCCAGGGCAGCGCAGCCAGUCCAGUGGCAUGCAGCAGAAGAGCCAGGGCAAGUCAGGCUACGCCAGCUCCCCUUACUGGGCUAACUGAGGAACUUGGGCGGUGGGGCCUCCAGCCUCGCCUCCAGCCUCACCUCCACCCUAAAGGCUGUGUGUGCGUGCGUACGUGUGUGAAGCUAAAGAGGACACACUACCCAGACAAACCCUACUUCCUUUUCAACCCUCUUCCUCUCUGCUUUAGCCCCCCCUCCCUCCCCCCCUUCAAAGUCCUCAUCAACCUUUUGGUUCUCUCUUUUACCUUUUUCAAAUUGGUUGUACAUGUAAGAUAUUUAUGUAUGUAUUUAUAUAUAUAUACUGUAUAUGUAAUAGUAGAACAAGAAAUGUGGUUGCUGCAUUUUAUUUUUGAAGGACGUUUUUUUGUUUACUAUUUUCAAAACUGCAGGAAAGACGUUACAAAAAAUAAUGCAAGGAGAAAAUAAAGUGAUCCGGGGGGAGAGGGAGAAUCUCUCUCUCUCCCUCCCUACCUCUCUAGAGGAUUAAAGACAAAAAAAGGAAAAGAGUUAAAAAGCAGAGAGCCUGAGCACUGAGUGAAUGAGGACUGACUGGGGGUCUUUAUCGCCUAACUACAUCUGUCUUUUUUAUACACCUGCCCCGACCCUCCCUUCCUUCAUUCACACAGAUCCCCUGUUUUAAAACUGCUUUAUUUCCGUAGCCAUAUGUUUUCUUCCCUCUCAUCCUCCUCCCCCUUUCCUUACCUCCAUCCAUCCCUCUGCCCCUCAGGUUUUCAGUUUCUGGGAAGGGGGAGGGGGGUGGGGGUGGGGGGGAACUGCCCUCCCCGUCCCCCUCCCCUAAAGACUGGCUCAUUUCAAAUUUUAUAUUUUAAUUUAAUUUUAACCCUUGUUUCCCUCUAAAUAAAAUUUCUGAGCAGUUGGAA